UACAUCCUUCUCAGACCAUCGGCCUAUAUGUUGUGCAAUAUUUGACAGUUUUUGCUCAGAACCUUGCUCUGAUAGAUUAAAUAAUUUACAACCUAUUCCCGGAAAAUUUCUGUGGAACAAUGAUGCAAUAGAAUCAUACACUAAUAAUAUUCAAAGCAGUUUAUUUCAGUAAACUGUCUGCUUUAUGCUGAUGAUAUUGUUAUUUUAUCAGAGAGCAAAAGUGGUUUACAAACUAGUUUAGAUAUUCUUUACAACUAUUGUUCAAAUUGGAAAUUACAAGUCAAUGUUGAUAAAUCUAAAAUCAUGGUUUUUAACUCAAAUAGUAAACAUCAAAGCAUCAAUUUCACUUUCAAUGGAAAUACUAUGCAAGUUGUAUCAAAAUACUGUUAUUUGGGUAUUGUAUUGAAAAGUAAUGGGAAGUUUAAUUUAGCAACAUCUGUGCUUGUUGAAAAGGCCAGAAAAGCAUAUUUUAAAAUGAAAAAAAUAAUUGGUAUUGAUAAUCCAUGUAAGCUCUUAGAAAAACUUUUUGAUUCUAUUGUACUUCCUGUACUUCUUUAUUGUUGUGAAAUAUGGGGAGUGGAUCUCUCAUUGAAAGAUAUUUCAGUUAUCGAAAAAUUUCAUGUAAAAUUUCUUAAAGAUAUACUUGGAUUACAUUGCAAAGCAUCUAAUGCUGGUUGUUUGGCAGAAUUAAACAGGUUACCACUUUGGUCUAAAAUCUCAUUCUCAAGCAUUAAAUAUUGGAAUCAAUUGAUAACAUCUAAUUCUUUGGCAUUUAAAUUAUAUCAGGGAACGAUCAAUUCCAAUUCCUGGACUAAGAAAAUUUAUGGCAUCCUAGACAAUUUGGGAUUCUCAAACAUUAGUAAUUAUAAAAGCACAAUCCAACACUUUUUACCAAACAUAAAGCAAAGAAUCAUUGACCAAUGUAUCCAAGAGCAAUCAUCAAAAAUUUUUAGUUCAGAAAAACUUUCAUUUUUUCAAAAAUUAUAUAUGAGAAAAAGAAGUCCUUAUGUUGAUAUACUCAGGAAAAGAUCUGAGAGAUCCUCUAUUAGUAGAAUAAGAUUAAGUGCACAUAAACUUGCAAUAGAAAGUGGUAGAUAUAAUGCCACAAUUAGGAAUGAAAGAUAUUGUAAUGCUUGUAAAACUGGUGCAAUUGAAGAUGAAACUCAUUUUCUUUUUCAAUGUAAAGCCUAUUCUCAUCUUAGGAACAGCUAUUUUAGUAAUUUUUAUAAGAUAAGUAAAAUAAAUAUUGCCAAUAACUUGGACAAAGAAAGAUACAUUUUACAUGUAUGUUUAAAUAGUGAAAUACAUACUAUUUUAAAUAUUACUGUUAAAUUCAUUAAUGACUGCUUUGAACACAGAUGUCAAUUAGUCUAAGGAAAUGUUAAACUGAUCUAUAUAGAUCAGUAAAAAUAUAUAUACUGUACAUGCAACUAUUGUAAACAUACAAUGAUGUUCUUAUAUAUUCAUUGGGCCUUUGCCAAUUAUUGUAAUUGUGUUUGUGCCAAUAAAAUAUUUGUAUUUGUAUUUGUAUUUGUAUUUUUUUAAUUCACAUAGAUUUGUUAACAGAAUCGAUGAUAUGUUUAUUAUGUUAUAACAGUAAUUCCUACAAAAUGUCAUUAUAAGAAAUGUUUUAAUAUUAAUACAUCAAUUUUAUGGAGUUGGAGAAAAACACAUGAUGUAUCAUACAGUGGUUUCAUGGAAAAGUAUAUGACGUCUCACCUUUAUGACGUCAUAAUAUACAGACAGAGCAAUUGCGAUUAUAUAAAUAAUAAUAAUUAUAUAAUAAUAAGUGGGAAAUAACAAUGGUUACAAUGAAUGCAAAUAUAUCGCUAAAAAUGGUUGUCUAUCUCUGUGGCACAAUCGGUUUAGCUUUGGUCUACCAAUCCACAGAUUCCAAGUUCGAUUAC